CCCAAAUGACUGGCGGUUAUAUCGUAUGGCAUUGGACUUUAGUUCGUCGGUUCAGUCUUGGAGCUUUUUGCCUUACCAUAUUGUAAAGCGUAUAUACAGUUAUUUAGGUGAUGAAGUUGUUUACGUUUCUACCGUAUGCAAACACUGGCGUGGGGUCGCAUACACCGAUAGAUCUGUAUGGAAGAAACUACAUAUAUGUCCUCCUAAUUUUCCAGAAGUUGAAGCUCUCAAGAAUCAGAUUAUCCCUAUGAAAAUUUGUAACGAGGUUUCGCUUGAAUUUGACCCAAGGAAUGAGUCUCAUGUUGCUGUUUUGGAAUACACACUGAGUGCUUUGUGUUCGAAUGCUGGGAUACAUUCCAUUUCCCUACGACCGACAUUAAAACUUUUAUACAAUAAAUCCUCUUUAAAUAUCUCGAACCGACUUUCAAAAAAGUAUGUUAUGGAAAAUUAUUUCCUUUAACUUAAAUUGUGAACAGGCUGUGUCAUAUCUAUUCAUGUACAUGCAGUCUGUCCACAUAGUGUUAUCGCGAGAUUAUAACUUAUGGACAAACCAAUCAGAUCUAAGGUUGCGAGUUUUGUAUUUCGGCACAGAAAUCCCCGUGGCCAACUUUCAUUUUUGGCAUUGUCGGUGUCAGUCCGUGUUGACAACUCUAAUCUUAAUUUGACUCGAUACUCUAGUCUCCAUUACUCAAUAACAUGACUUUCUUUGAUGUUAGUAAGUGGGUAAAGAUUCUUAAAUACACUUCGGUGUCUCUCAAACGUUGUUGAUGGAUUACAAACUUGACACAGUUUUUUGGAUCCUACUUCGUCGAGUAAAUUGACAUGCCUCUACAAUUUUGAGAUAAAUGAAUAGUCAUUUUUCAACAGCAAUGCUUAGGUCUAAACUACGCCCAGGUACCCAUUUCACCAUGUAGUACUCCAUUAUCAAUGACUUACGACUUCAAAUUUACGAGAAGGUAACAAGUAAACUGAUAGCUGGUAAAAUAUGUCUAAGACUCAGAGGGUUUCAAUUAUGAGAAAUUUAAAUUACAUUCUUAUUUAACAAGGUAUUCAAGAGGUGCAGAGAUAAAUAAACACAGUUAACACAAAUGCAAAUUAACUGGAAAUCAUAUGUUUGAUGGAGAUUUAUUUACAUUAUUUAGAAAAGCCAUUUACUUUAGUAUAUCUUUCACCCACAUAACUUUAGAGUUGAGUCCCAAGAUUUCCUGGGACUAUACAAAUGAGUCAAAUUGUCCACAGAUAAUUGAUCGUAAGGGUACUGCUUGUGCUCACUUCCCUUCCUAAAGUACCUUAAACUUCACCUCGGGUUAACAGUCAUCCUUCUAUAUGUAAUAGUUUCCUACAGUAGACAGGACGACCUGUGACCUUUGAUAAGGUAUUAUAGUUGCUGUUAUUAAUUUGAGAUCACUGGCUGUAUGUUACCUUAAUUCCACAGACGCUCCAUGAUUAAAUUGAGAUAAAAAACAUCCGGUUAUAAUGAGCUAGAUGGAAUUGUUUUAAACUAUGAUGACUAAUUAGCAGUAUAUCGUUUUACAGAGGGGUGUUUUGUAUUCUAAAACUUACUCGUUCCCAACCACCUAUGGAGAAGUGCUGUACGUGGGUGUAUGUGUAGAGCAGUGGCUUAAUGGUUAAGGGGUUUAACUUUCAGCUAGUGAGCCGCAUGUUUGAGUCCUGCUCCACCUACUUCGAUUUUCCAUACUUAAUAGUACAGCUAACCUCCAUAGUGUCUCGAAACUGAUUGCACUAAUCUAUGCUUGGCAAAUAAGAAAAUAAAAUAUUUUGCUCAACAGUUAUGUGUGGCAGGUUCCAAACAGUUUCUUAACCGUUGCAAUCAAUCCAUCGGGUUGCGAGGUCAUCAAGACUGGUAAUGUUUUUUUGUUUUAAUUACGUAGGGGAAAAUGAUCUUUGAUAAUAUGAGUAACCCACGAGGAUGUCAACUGUCUACAUACUUUCCACGGUACUGGAGAUCGACUAAAUACUCUGUAUGAAGAAUAAACUACAACUGGGUGAUCCAUAUGUGUACAAAAGGUAUUUACCUACCCAGAAGCAUUUCUGUCUAUCAGUUCAAGAUUUUUAAAUUUCCUGAGUGGGUCCCCACUUUCAUAAUUUUGUCCUCUUCAUUCUCCUAUUGUCCGUUCAAAGAGCAACAAACGUACUUUUAGAUUUACUGGUGUAAAUAUAUCUAAUCAGCCAAACCUGUAUUUCUAACCGUCUUCCGGUUAUUCUGAAGUAUAGCGCAAUAGGGUUAUAGUGAUGGUGGAGCAGUCACUUGAAAAUGAAAGACGGUUUUCAAACCGUGUGUUGUAGGUUCGAUCCCUUUUACAGUAUCCGGCUUAGCUUAGCAAUACUACCACACCUAUACAAAAUUAAUAGUUCAAACGAAAGCAACGUAGAUCCUAACAUGUGUAUCAUUUCAAGUUGCUAUACCACAUUAAUACAGCGAGAUAAAAUUAUCUCUAAAGAAAUCUCAGAGUAGUAGAACUAGUAACAGUAUCAGCAGUAGUAAGAAAAGACCAGGUAUGGAGAAUUAGGAUUACAAGGAGAUUUUCAGACUCAGGUUCUAGAGAGAUACAAAGAGUGAAUGCACCUCCGAUAUUGCGAACAACUCCAAGCCACAUCUAACCAUUGGUUACGGUAAUACACGGGUUUGCACUUGGUUACUAAGAUCGUAUAUCACAUUUGUAAGUCACAUGUUCAACUCACUUCACUUCGGUUACAAAAUUCGAGAACCAUCAUCAUCGGAAGCCACAAGGGUGAUUCUUUUAUUCCAAUGUACAUCCCCGCAUUUGAACUUCCUAUUUUUUAGUUUUUAGUAUACUAUUAAUAUAAAACAAGCAUAUUCAUCUUUCUCUACUCUUUUCGGUUUGAAGUUGCGGAGAUUGUUGUAUUUCGUUUAUAUCAUAAACCGAUCAAUGUUAGAUCAUCAGUGAAGACCUGAAAGCACUGGAUGGCCGUUUCAUCUUGGUAUAGGACUCCUCAGCAGUGCUACUCUAUGAUCACACACGCGGGAUUCGAACCAAGGACUUUUGGUCCCAAGCGAACGCUUAACCUUUAGACCAUUACUGAGCAUAUGAUAAUUUUCAGUUCGGGGUUGUGGAGAUUGUUGAAUUUCAUCCAAAUUGACUAACUUUGCGAGGUGAUUCUCGGAGUUCUUAUUAGAAGUCGCGACCAGUGUAGUUCAACCGUGUCGAGUGUGAGGCAGUUACCCAUGGAGAACAAUGGAAGAUGGCCGCGCAACAUCGUGGAUUGGUUGAAGUUAGACAUUAACGCCGUUGAACAUCAGUUCAGUGGUCCGGAGGUUAAGCUUUCACGUGCGAGUUGGUGGGUUCUGGGUCUGAUUCCCGUUGUGAGGUGAUUAGUGCGCACUGUUGAAGAGUCAUAUACUAGGGAGAAACGGCCCUCCUGUGCUGGCAGGUUUUAAAUGGUUGUCUAACGUUGAUGGGCUCAUUAUUUCAAUGAGAUUUUUACUAUUGUUCGCUAAAAAGGAAAAAGAGAUAAUUUCAACCAAAUUCAGCCACCAAAUACGGGUUCAUGUAUUCAGUUUUGACUUGUGAAAUUAUUUUUGAGAUCUGCUUGGGCCAGUGAACGUGAAGUUCGAUUCAAGCCUGGAACCUAACCGGGUUAAAAUUCGAAUGGCUCAACUACCAAUUUACCCCGUUACUGUUUGGUAGAGAAACACAUUUUCAUUGUAUUUUAAGCUAUAAGGAUGUUUUUUUAAUAUUCGACCAUGUAAUUAUCUAUUUUUACUUUUUAUGCAUUUAAAAGUAUGCUAUUAUUCUUUCUUUUUCCCAUUUAAACUUCAGAAUAAUAAAUGCAUUAUGUGAGGUCAUUAUGAAUGCUAAAUGUUUAAAAAAAUUUUAUUGGGGUGGGACUUAUUGUGGAAGUUAUGAAGUCAGUCGUGUAUUACAAUCAUUGACAAAAAAUCAAAAGCAUAAUUUAUUAUCAUUACAAAUUAUCAGAUUAUUUCAAAUUAAUCAAUCCAUGUCAUAUUUAAAUACAAGAUUAUUUAUAUUUUCCAACCUCAACCAAUUUUCUAUUAAUUACCUAAAUCUUUCGGAGGAUAUACUUUUAAUUUUAUCGAGAAAUUCAAACCAUCUUCGUAUUUUAAAACUUUUUGUACAAAACAAUGUUCAAGAUCUUCCCAUAAUUAGAAAUCAAAUUUGGAGACAUGUGCAUGAAAUACUUCCUAAUUUGCGUGUGACUUUAUUCCUAAUUUGUGUAAACGAUCUCAAACAAUCAACAAUCCAUUCGAAUUCAAUCAAUCAACGAAUGUCUUUCAUACAAAAUACUACUCAAGAACUUGAUAAUCAAUUACCACUACCAUCAUCAUAUUCAUCGAUGUCACCAUCCCAUUCUGUCACUUCUACAUCCUCAUCGCCAACGUCUUCAUCUUCACCGCAUAUACCGGUGCAAUGUCGACUGGAAAAUGAACGUGAACAACAUUUAAGGGAGGAUCAUCAUCCAUAUGGUGAACAGAAUCAAAUUUAUCAAUUACUUUCAACCAAACUUUUGCCUUCUGCUUUGCCUUUAAAUUCAAUUUAUAUAUACUAUUGUAAACCAGAUCCAUUGUCUUAUCUUAUACAAUAUUUAAUGGAUACAUUUGCUAUGAGUUUAGAGCAUUUCUAUCUAAUUGAUACUUUCAAUAUAAUAUCUGUGAUGUCAAACAAUUCUAACGGUAUUUUACAUAAUAAUUCUCAUUAUACGGAAUAUACUACCAUUACUACUAGUAGUGAUAAUAAUAAUAAUAGUAAUGGCAAUAUCAUUAGAUUUAUUGCCAAUACACCAGCAACAAUUUCUUAUGAUGCUGUUAUUAAUUAUGAUAAUUACGACUGUGUUGACUCUGAUUAUCAGUCAAUGUUCAGUUCUUAUUCCUCACAUCAUUCAUUAUUACUGGAUAGUACAAGUGAUUUUGAUAUAUUGAGCUGUGAUUCUUCCUAUGAUCUAUUUGAUUAUGAAGACAAAAGUUGUAGUAAUAAUAAUUAUUACUCAGGUAAUUUUUUGCUGCCCGUUUCAACCAGUCUAUCUUUGACUUCAUCAUCUUCGUCUUUACCGGUACCGUCAGGGUCAUGUUUGUCUGGUGAUCAAAUACACCAAUCAUUGAUAGCACCAAUAUCACUUCAUAAGAUGGUUGGACAAAUUGAAUACUCGUCUAAUUCAGAAAUUAUAUUACCAAAAAAUGGGAAUGAUAGUUUGAGGAUAAUGAAACCAACUGCAUGUGAGGAAAGUGCUAUCGAUAAGGGUGGUGGUAGUGAUACAAGCGUUGUAUCUCAUUCAGCUCUCAUUUCUACUCAUGAUAGUAUCAAUACAACUAAAACCAAUGUUAAUGAUUAUUGUGAUUAUUUACCUUACGAUUGUAAUUAUUAUUCCAAUUUUUCCGAGGCUCCACAAUCAUCUACUUCAUCAAAUCUUGUUUUUUACUCACCAAAUUUGUAUAAAGCGCCUGAUGAUGUCAACCCUGAUCCGUUUGUUAUGUUAGCAUGGAGAUGUCAACAAUUGUCGCAUUUUACACUAAUUGGUUACUGGUUUAAUAUUGUGGAUAUGAAAGCGUUUACAGCUCUUCGUGGUACAUCACUCAAAUCUUUUCGUAUUCCUAGUUGUUGUAUUUCUAUUGAUGAUCAAUCUUGGCCAUUUAAUUUGGAUGAGAAUUUAAAUGAAGUGAGUAAUUGAAAUAUCAAAACAGUGUUAUCUGUAUCUAAUUGAUUUAUCUCUACAUGUUGAAUAAAAGUAUAUAACCAAAUAGUAACCUGUGCAUUACUUUUUCUGUUCAAGAAUAUUUACUACAAGCGAUGUGUAUUGUAGAUUAAAUCAACAUGAAUCUUGGUGAAAUAAGUCAUUCAGUCAUACGCAAUGUAAAUAACCUGACACAUACAUGCACUGGUUCAAGUUGCUGUCCCACAUUAACACAGCGAAAUAAAAUUAUUUGGAGAUAAAUUGAAGAGUAUUAAGCAGUAUCAGUGGUGUUAGAGACGACUAGGUAGAGAAAAAGAAAUAAAAGGUCUGAGAAGAUUCCGAGACUCGAGUACUAAGGGAAGACUAGGAGUGGAUCUGUUCGAUUUAGAAAGUCUUCAAACAUUUGAUAUUGUAGCAUAGUAUUCACAACUUCCAACUAUUAGCUCUUAUGAAUUUGAAUUACUCCACUCUUUUUUUUAAUGAAUAUAUCGUCUUAAGUUGUAAUAACUAAAUGAUUAGGAAUGAAUAACAAGUAAUUAACGAAAGUUUAAAGAUUUUUAAUUGAAACAAGACUUAGAACAUUCAGAACUUAAUGUAAACCACCACUUCUUCCGAGAACGAAAAUAAAUUAGCACAAGUUUAUAUAGUACAAAGGUUUGUUCCUGUUGUUCUGCCAUAUCAUCAUGGCAUAACAGAAGAAUUACAAAGAAUCCUUAGAUCACACAGAAUUUAGGCAGUGUAUAAAACAACGAGUUCAAAUAAAAGAUAAAAUACUUAUCACUUCGACACAGAAUUAUGUCUACAGACUGUGAUGUUUAGAUGGUGAUUUAUUCUAUACUGGACAGUCUUCUCAUGAAAUCAUGACUGAUGCCAAAGAACACAAAAACACUUUCAAAUAACCCUCUAGAACUAGAAAGGAGAAAAGCACGUCUAACUAUCCAUACAACAUGGAACAUUUAUUCAAAUAUUCGCACAACUAAUUCUAUUCACGUUUCACACCACUAACAAAUAUAUUCCUGACGUUACUCUUCCACAUUACAAAUAUCACAUUUUCUUCACUCACGAACACAUAAUUACAUACAGCUAGGUUUCACACAAAAAAGUAACCGUGACUGAAAUUACAAUGUUAAUAUAAUCAAAUCUAUUUUAAUUUAGAUUGUACUGAAAAUAUUCUGCUUUAUGUCUUUUAUAGUAUUUAGACUUGUGUUAAUCUAAUUCAUUUACAAUUUUUAUUUUUGAAUUUCGCGAUAACCACAAUACUAUCCAACCAUUGAGUUGGUAAAAUUCUAUUUUUUACGUUCCUCAGUGAAUUUCCGGAAGUUUUGUUCUGAAAUCGUGAUUCAUGAAGGCGAAAAUCAUGCAUUUAUUCAAAGAUAACAUUGAGUAGUUCCACAUCAUUUCAUGGAUUAAUUGAAAUUAGGAAAUACGCACCAUCUAAUUUAGGCUUAAUGACUGAAUGUUAUGAUGCUCAAUCGUAAAAGUUCUGGAACCCUUCUAAACAUAGUAGCAGAAUAGGCACUUACCCAUUCAGAAAAGUGACACGUUACUCUUCACUUUCAAGAUGUUUCGAAGAAACUUCUAUUGUUAGGUGAUUAGAUAAAAUGUUUCCCAGAGUUUUCAGGGCCCGUUUGGGCUUUUUUCAAGGAAUUUUUGUUGAUCUUCUCAACACUAACAUUAUAUGUAACCGAUACGAGGGGGUACACUAAUAGAUUUAGCACAAAAUUACUAAAAAAAAAAACACAUUCGUGAUGUUAUAUAUAACGAAAUUCACAAUGAAUAAAUACUUACGAACAAAAAUCAUAUAACUGAAAUAAAACGAAAGUUAAAGCUAACAAAUUAUCACGCCAAGUUAAAACAUAAUUGUUAUAUCCUAACGAAAAUAAUGAAUGGUAACUGUUGGGAUCUAUUAAUGGACUAAUACUAUGCAUAUAUUUUUAGUGUAUAAUUGUUAAGUAACUGAACUAUGUAUAUUCAUAUUCCUCUUAUUAUGAACUUUCAUUAUACGAUUCACUAUUAAGUUAUGCCUUCUCACGCAGGGGUGUUGUUUAUGAAAUUGAGAGGACGAUAAGCAAAUGUCCGGCGCUUUAACCGGGUUGGUGGAUAUGUAGGAUCCACCUAAGGAAGUUGGAAACCCCUGAUUCCAAACCAAUGGUGCACAAGGGAUCCACGAUCCUGACGGGAGAAAUGGCGUGUGAACCUAUUGUUGGUCACCGCCUACCAUGGGGCUGCAUCUCCUAACGUUGCUCCACCGCCUUGUGGACCAGACCUUUAGCUCGAAGGCUAGGGCAGUGGCCCACCAAAGAAAACCACCUGCUUCGGUCUGGACGACCGGGAACUAUUUUAGGCCGCACACAACUCGAAUGAUUUUUGUGGCGCAUAUCUGUUUGGUGUCUCCCUGUGUUUAAAUAAAUAAGUUUUGCUUAUUUUAUUAAUUACGGCCUCCCAAAAUCAUAACCACUUUUGGCUAGAUCUCAUACAAAUAUUUUCUAUUUUGUGGUGUGAUGUGAUCUGUUUGGAUUGUAUAUAAACCCAGUGUGUUUGAAAUGUAUGAUUUAUAUCGCGGAAGCUCAGAUUGGUGUUUCGGACUUAACAUGUAGGGAAAAUGAUCAAU